AAUAAUAAUGAGCGAAAGCCUACUGCUAUGUUGCUACUCCUCUGCUCUGUUUUAACGUGUAGCCCUACAAAUCGCUAAGUUUCUUAUUACAUGCAGCAAUUGUAAAACUCAAAUUUGUGGAUGUGCAACUGUUACAAUUUCAAAAUGUUACAUUUACUUUAUACAAGAUAAUUGUUAUGUUGGUGUUGCAGAAAAGAAUCUGGGUAAUAAUGUGGUAACAGUGGGAAUAAUAAGGUAGGAACAAGAAGGUAAUAAUAUAGAAAUGACAAAUUAUUACUAUUUAGUUACAAAAGUAAUAUCCAAGUAAUUAUAUUGUAUAAUCAUUGGUUAUAGCUGAGAAAUACUUCAGUAACUAAAAUAAUUAGUAACCGUACAGUAAUAUAGUGGUAAUAAUAGGAACCUGUUAGUAAUAAAUAGUGUACUAUGGUAAUAUAUGCACAUUAGAAUUUUGAUAUACUGACUUGUGGUAGUAACUAAAUAACAAUUAAGUAAUAUUGGUUUAUCCUUAAUAUAGCACAAGACAAUUACUUGCAUAUUAGUUUGGUAAUUAAGCAGUAAUAACUUGAUAUUUCUGAUAGUAGAGCAGGUCACCUACCAACUGGAAAGUCAGUAGAUCGAUCCCCAGCUCUUCCUGUCCAGCUAAGAUAUGGAACCCUGAGUUGCCCACAAUGAAUGUUAGAUGUUAGAUGAUCCAUUCCCACACAAGUAUGAACUUGUGUAGGAAUGGAUGAAUUGGACUUGUUGUAAAAAUCACUUUGAUUGCUCAAAAAUUUAGUGGUAGUAACACGCCAUUUAACAUUUGUUUCCACAUUAUUACCAAGAUGUAGUAGAAAGAACAUUUGUGUUUUCUGAUUAUUUUAUAGAUAACAAAGAUAACAUAACGCCACCUGUUGGUCAGGUUGUGAAUUUGCUGAAUGAUCAAGUGCAGCAUUGGUGUUAUGCAACAUUUUUGCGUCUUCUCUCCGCUGCUCUGCUCUGUGUGAGGGACGCUGAAGCAAUCACACAGAGUGGUCAAGUGAACACAAGUGAACAGAGAUGAUAAUUACUGGCUAAAACUAGUUUUGCACAGUCUUUUUUUUACUGAAAAGUAAAAAAAAUAAAGAGAGGGAGGCACAUUUGUUUUGGUCUAAUAUAUCUGUACUCUAGUAGUCCUGUUAUCAGGUUAUCUGUAUCAGGUUACAGAUCACACGUGUUGAUAAUGCUCUUUGCAUUCUUGAGCCUUUUGGUUUUUACUGUUCAAGCAGAUCAGUUCAAGAUAUUGGUGUUAAACAGUUGUAUAUUUCAAAUGUAGCCUUUCAUUUUUAACAUUUCAUCAACCUGAUAUUUGCAAGAUUUUGUUUACAAGUGUACUGUUGAGUAAUUUUAAAACAUGAUGUGGAAAUACAAGAGACGCAAGCUUAUUUACUACUUUAAGAAGUGGAACAAGGCAAUAACUCCCUUUAUUUGUCCCUAUUUUUGUUUUCGUGUGAAUGACUUCCCAUAACAAAACUGUACCUCAUAGAUUCAUUUCAAACAACAACAGGUAACCUGUCAGUGAAGUUACGAGCCUGUUUGGUCUGGACUUUAAUACUUUAUUUAAUCACUUUCCUGUUUUAAUAUAACCUCAAGUUUGCACAUAAAUAUUUUUCCUAUUUUGGUGUGAGAGAACCUGAUUGGCCAGCACAAGACCUGACCUCUACCUUACCCAGCACGUUUUGGAUGAACUAGACUGCUGAUGAACAUGAGCUGGGUCUUAUCAACCAACAUUAGAGGCCAACAUCUUUCUUGCUCUUGUGAAUAAAUAAAAACACAUCUCUGCAGCUGGCUUCCAAAAUAUGGUGGAAAACCUUCCCACCAUAUUUCCCAGAAGAGUACAAGCUGUUAUGGUUGCACUUUAACACAUUAUUUAAUGAUGAGACGCGCCCCAAGCACAUAUGGAUGACCACAUAUAAGCAUGAGCACGAGCAUUUUCUAAUCACAAAGUUAUAAUCAUGUAAUAAAUUUUUUUUUCUCUUUACGAUGAAUAGGACUUCAGCUACAGAGUUUUACUUGAAACACAGUAGAUAACGGGCACCAGGGGAUAGAUAGAUGAAAGCGUGAGAAGAGGGACAAACAGAAAGAUAGGAAGGAAGGGGUAGGGGUUUUGAACUACACAGAAAAAAAACAAUGGUUAUCUUUAAAUAAAGCUUCAGAAGAUAUAUUUACGACCCCCUGUUUGCAGGAAUGCCUUGUCUGGAUUGAAAAUGGUGGGCGUCAACAGUGUAUUUGUUUAACGUCAAAGGUAUUCGGCAGAACUAAUUGGAUAUAUGUAAGGGAAACUGCUGUUUUUUGAGGAAGGAGGUAGGGUUAAAAUGAGAGACGAUUUCCUCCCUGUCACUUUUCUGGUUCUGUCCAAUAGCUGACAUAGUUGUUCAGCUUGUGGAGGUGACACAGCCUAAACUUUUGAUGGAGAAGGGAAGAAAAAUAGCUUCACAACACGGCAGCACGUCCUGCUUCCUGUGUUUGUCUCCACUUAUUAUGUGCUUCCUGUAGGCAAGGAGGUGGAGGGACUUUAAGAAAAGCACAGCUCAGUGCCCAAAGAGAAGAUCCCAUCUUACAAAGAACAUAAACAAAGGGUGACAUUUGGUAACAACAAUGGAUCACAUGGGUAAAAUCAACCCUGUGUGUGUUUCUAAAGCUUAUGAAAUCACUAGAGAUCCAUGGAUAACAGCUGCACAGUACUCUUUUUAUGUUAGGAAUCAACACAUGCCCCCAACCGCAGUGGCCUAUAAUCAUGAUCCUUAUACAGCAGCCUUUGAGGCAGCUAAACUCAAAAUUACACACAUCUACUGAGAGGUUUCUCCACAGAAAAGACUAUUUUAUCUGACCCAGAUUCAGAGUGGUUUUAGAAGACUGGUGCUCCACUGAAUAUACUUUUACCUCCUAGCAGAAUCUCAACACAACAUCUAUGUCUGGAACAAGGAAACAGAGCAAAGGCUAGUUUCCUUUGCAUCAGAAAGGGCCACAAUAUCACUAUACUUCACAAGGGAUCAGUGACAAUUUUAAACCACAUUCCCUCUUUUAUAAGUCAGUUGUAACUCUGCCUUUGGGGGGUAAUUAUACUAUCUUUGUGUAUGAACAAGUUAAACUAGUUUUAACUGCUGUUUUUUCUCAAAGUGGUUUCUUAUCAGUGAGCUGCUGUUCGUUAUACAGCACGUGGAUAUACAGUAACAUAUCUAGUUUUCAUGUGAUCACACAUUAUCACACCCUGUCUCAUUAUCACUGUUAGCAGAAUUAAAUACAGAGAAAAAUAUUUUCAUGCAGUUUUUUAUGAGUUGAUGUAAAGACAGUAGCUGGUUGGGAGGAAUGAGGUCCGACUGGCACCUAUCCCAGCUGUCGUGGGGUGAGAGGUAGUGCACUGUAGACCCUGGACAGGUCAGCAGUCUGUGUCCAGGUGAACCCUUGAUGACCUUUCAUGCUCACACACUGACACCUACGGCCAGAAUCACCAGUUAACCUAAUGUGCAUAGUGUAGUGGUGUACGCGGUUAACAAGACAAAGCUCCUUGGGUCGUUCCUGGGAAGUGACACACAAAUCCCUUUGGGGUUGCACUGGGAAGAGCAUCUGGCAUGAAAAGCUGCAAAAUCAAACAUGCAGAGUUACCAGCUGUGGUGACCUCUAAUUUACUCUAGUUAAAGUAGCUCUAAUUAACCCAACAUGUCUUUGGACUCUGGGAGGAAACCAGAGUACCUAGAGAGAACCCACGAAGGCAGGAAAACAUGCAAGCGCCACACAGAAAGACCCCACCCACAAAUAAAGGGAGCCACUAAUGCAGUUUGCAGGUCACUGCCCUAAGUGCUUCACACGGACGUAUAUGUCUAUAUAUAUAUAUAUAUAUGUCUAUCUGCCGUUUUUUCCAGGAGUAGGUGGAGGCGCAAAUAGAAACGUCAUGCCAAAUAAUUUCUAAGGAUUAUUUUGCUCUCUGUCUGCUGGAUAUAUAAGAAAGCAGCUAUUGGUAAUAUUACUCGUAAGAAGUUUAUAAGGAGAAAUGCUAAAUGUUUACAGCCUGUCUUUAUGACAGCAAGUGCACAAGAAAUAAUACAAUCAUUGGUGUUUGCUAUGCUAACAAACUAUCUCACACACACAGCGCUGCUGAAGUCUCUAGUAGCACGACUUCACUCUGCAAUGCCAUUAGCCCCUAAAUAAACACAGCUUGCUUCCUGGUUUAGUCGCUGUCUGAACAUUUAUUACCUCUUGUUACAGGACUGCAGGCCUCUUGCUGCUCAAACUGCAGGCUGCCUACCACAGAUGGCAACCUUCACAGUUAUUUCUGUUUUUCUCAGUGUUGUUUUAAACAGACUACGCAGUCAGACUGGUUUAUCUGCAUAGGAAGGUCAUCUACAAAGGGAAAGAGAGCAGGAGAACGGAGAGGAGAUUGAAAGAGUGGGGCAUUGUUCUGGAAAUGGCUUCAGGGCUUUGUCAAUGUGUGGGUGUAUGUGUGUGUGUGCACUGAUGAGGCAUUUAUUUGUGUGAACAGUGUGGCUGUGUUGGGGCUUUUCACAUAGCCUGCUAUAUGUGUGUGAAUGGGUGGAAAGUGACCCAGUGUAAAUGAGUGUCGUCCUAUGAACACCGUCAUAUUCUUGUCUGUGUUUGGAGUGUGUGUGUGUGUUUAAGUGUAAUGGGUGUGUCUAGGUGAUGUAGACCGAUGGGGGUUGGGCUUAGGUCCUGCUUCAGGUGUGUCUUUGUGAUAGAGAGCAAAAAAGGUUGAGAAGCAAACGUAAAGAGGUAAACAUACAGAUAUGGGUCAACUGUGACAGGGGAGUUGAUCAGAAACGAGUGAAUAACAGAUGAGAAGCAAUGGAGAAAAUAAGAACACUAUUUCUGCGUUUAUCCUGAAGAUUUCCAGGAAGCUUAGGGAUUCCUACCUGUCUGAACUUGCCCACGGAAAGGCGGAGCCCUCUCCGAUGAAGACUACCUGGUACUGUCCUCUAGAUUUGCCCACUGUGGUGGAGGAGGAGGAGGAGGAUGGGGUGAUCUACACAGUUACUGUCAAGCAGCACCAUGGUGGACCCAACAGUCCAAUGUCCACAGUUUCCAAAUCCCAGUGUGUGAAAGCAGGCACAGAAGAGAAGUUGGUGCUCCACCUCCUCCACUCAUUUUGUAUGGGCGACUCCUCCUUCAUCACCAUCUUUCUCUCCACCUAUCGAUCCUUCACCACCACGGGGAGAGUGCUGGACAUCCUCAGUGACAGGCUGGAGAACCCACCCGGGGACAGCGAGAGAAGUCAGAUAAGACAAUCUUUUAACAAAGCAGUGUGUACAGUGUUCAGCACGUGGCUGUCAGAGUAUCCUGAAGACUUUAAGAGUUUGGGGGACCCCUCUCGCUUGCUACGCUUGGCUCCCCUCCUCCCUCAUGACUCCUCAUCUGCUGCUGAUCUCCGCGCUCGCUUCCUCAGGAUAGCCGAGGAGCUCAGCGAGAAAGCCCUGCUCCCAGAUACCCAUAAAGAUCAAACCAGUUUCACCAGCCCUCCUCCUGAUGCCUCCAAGUUUGAACCUACCAGCAUCCUUGGAUUCUCUGGAGCGCUGAUUGCCGAGCAGCUCACCAUGAUAGAGACUGAGCUUUUUGUCCGUCUGGUCCCGUACCACUGCCUCGGAUCGUUGUGGUCUCAGAGGGACAAGAAGGGGAGGGAAGGAGUUUGUUGGUCAGUCCGUGCCACUGUGCGUCAGUUCAACAAGUUGGCCAAUGCUGUUUUAGCAUCCUGCCUCUGGCCGACAAAACUGCGGAGCCAGCAGAGAGCCCGACUGCUGGAGAAAUGGAUCAGCGUGGCAGAGGCGUGUCGAGCCAGGAAGAACUUCUCCUCGCUGUACGCUAUUGUGUCUGCCCUCAAGAGUAACCCCAUCCACCGGCUGAGGAAGACGUGGCAGGACACCGACAGAGAGGCGUUGAGGAAAUAUGAGGAACUGUCAGAAAUCUUCUCAGACAAGGACAACUAUUCACAGACCAGAGAACUCCUGAAGGAGGAGGGCACGUCAAAGUUUGCCAACCUGGACAACAGGCUCAACAACAGAUACCUUAACAAGUCCAACGCGCAGGGCACCGUGCCCUACCUGGGUAUCUUCCUCACAGACCUCACCAUGCUGGACACGGCAGUCAAAGACAGGCUGGAUAACGGCUACAUCAACUUUGACAAAAGGAGAAGAGAAUUUGAGGUUUUAGCUCAAAUCCGGCUCCUGCAAUCAUCCUGCAAAAACUGUGUUUUCACUGCUGACGAGGCCUUCGUGCAGUGGUAUAACAGCGUGCCUACUCUGAGGGAAGAGGAAAGUUAUAGGCUGUCCAAUGAAAUCGAAGCACCUGGCGACCCGAGCCCUCGCGGUCAUGCCCCAGCUGUCGUUAUCACACAGUGUCCAGAUCUAAGCACCUCCCGAACCAGCCUGGCUGGUGACAGUGACAGCUUCUUUGACUUUCACUCACCCGUCAAUAACCUGCUUUCAAAGCUCACAAAGCAUAUGAGAUCUCCGUCGGUGUCCUGUCUGGAUGUUGACACGUCCCCUCCUACCAAUGAAUCGAACCCUGCCACGCUGACUCCAACCACUCCUACAAAAUCACACCGUCGAUCAGCCUCCUGUGGCAACAAUCCCCCUGGUAACAUCCAAGGGUCAGGGGCAGACAUGCGGAUCAUCAGGAUACGGAUGGACCUGGAGGAUGGAAACCUGUAUCGGAGUAUUCUGGUUACGAGCAAUGACAAGACUCCCACUGUGAUCAGCUCUGCCUUAGAAAAGCACAAUCAAGACCCCAAACAGGCAUCCAGAUAUGAGCUGAUACAGCUUCUGCCUGAAGGAAAAGAACUGGUCAUCCCUGCUACAGGAAAUGUCUUUUACGCCAUGACGUCAUCUAGUGUUGAUUUCCUGCUAAGAAGGAAAGACGGGAACUCCCCGUUUGGCUCGCAUCCGAUCAGCACAGAGACGAGCGCCACUUUUCCUCGAAUCAAGGCCAAGGGAAGGAGACUGGUCAGGAAUCUUUUUUGACAUCAGAUUUUUGUCUGCUUUGUCUACCGAGGUGGAGUUCUCUGAUGGUCUCCCAAUGUGAAUGCAGAGUGAGCUCUCACGGACAGUAAAUGUGGCCUUCUCUGUCCAACACAAAACCUACACAUGCCUUUCUCCUGUGCUCCUGCCAAGCUCACCAAAACACCAAGAAGAACUCUGCUUGUGUUUCAGCCAACAUCUCCUUGCAGGAAGGUGUGGCAGAUAUUUCAGAACUCCAGCUGCUGUGUUCAACAGAGCUAUUUGCACUUUUCCAUGCACGCUAAUUUACAUCCCGAGGACGAGCAGUGAAAGCCUUUAAGUGUACCUUUGGUACUGGUUCUCAAGUCCCUGUCAGGUAGCACUUGAUGCUUUUUAUCAUUACAACUCACAGAAAGAAAGAGUUGCUUUAAUUGCUACAAAACACCAAGAAAUCCCUUGUUGUCUUCUGCCUCAUCUGUGACUGACAUUUCCGAAUGUAAAAAAGAUGUGAUUGGUUGGAAUGCGCUUCUGUGAUUACCCAAGAUGCUGUUGAAGGACUUGAAGUGUGUUUUUUGGGGGGAAAUUAGAUUUAAUGAGAUCUGAAUCGGAAUCAAGACAGUGCAAGUGCAUCAUUGUAGCAAAACACUGGAGCUUUUCAAAUGAGACAUAUAUGAUUUGUAUAUAUUUAUAUAUUUUGUAUGUCUGUGUGAUCUCAGCAUUGUGUGACAGGUCCUCGCGUGACAAGUAACUGUUUCAACAAGGAAAAAAUCCUUAAAAUAACUGCAAGAAACAGGCUGACAUGUCCACAGAGAAGGACAGCUAUUUUAGCUUUUACUCAUUUCUCCAUAAACUUAAAGCAGCAAUAAUCAGGAUUUUAGAAUAACACUGAAACUCUGUUGUAAACUGUUGUAAUGAACUGCGGUCAGUUUAUUAUCAGUUCUGAAGCUCUGCUCAGUUUUUAAGGCUCUUUUAGCUCGUUGUUUUGGUUUUACACUCAGAAAUACCACCUUGUUGCAGCUGUCACCAACAGAUAUUACAAAAGCAGCUCUGAUUGGUCAUCUUUCUUACCUGACUCGAAUACUCAUGCAAUUGUGAACCAACAGGUGAAGUCAGAGAGCCACAUAAUUUUCUCAGGAGCUGCUGGAGACCAAAGUAAACCUCAAGGAAGGCUGAUAAGGACUAAUUAAACCAAGUGGACAAAAUGUAUUUGCAAAGAAAUUUUUACAGUGUCACCUCCCUCAGCUGCACGUGAAUGUACGCAGCUGUGUUGCUACGUUACAGGGUGAUCAAACAUCACUCAGCCUCUUAAACCUCGUGGAUGAAAACUGAUUAUUGCAGCUUUGAACUUUAAGCACUUUUAAAACAGCUUUGCUUCAGUUUGUUACUAGAAAGGAACAUAAGUAAGAGAAAAACACUGCCAUUGCUAAGUUUAAGGUUUUUCAGGUCUGAUACUUUCAACAGAGCAUAAGCUAAACUUAAUUUAUGCAGAUUUUCCAGUAGCUCAGCAGGAGUCCAUCUUCACUGCAGUUUACACAGACCGCAAAGCCUCAGUUCCAGCGUCGUGGCUUCAGUGAACAUCUUAACUUCAGUGUAUGUCUCUUUGAAACAAAUCUUGUGACCUCUGGUCGUCCCGGGUCAGUGCUGGUGAGGCUCCUUUUACCGGCCGAGGCACGAGCACUGAGGGGCCAGGGAGAGGAUUGUGGGUAUUAAAAAAAAAAGACGUGCAAGCAUGAUCCCAUGCUACAGAUUGUUUUAGUGCCUUUCUCUGCUGGGUGCUCACUUUCUCAUGUUUGCAUUAGAAUGUAUACAGUCCACGUGGAGGAACUGCAGACAACUCCAGUGCUGUGUAGUUCCACAUCAAAGCUAUUUAUGCACUACAUACAGUAUGUCCUAUUUUUGUGGUAACAAAUUUACUUUUAUAUGAAUUUUAAUUGUUUUUGACUGAUGUUCAGUACUGAGAUAUUUUUCAUGCUGCUGAGUAUCCCAUAAAAACAAUUAAAGUUGUUGCUACUUGUCAAAAA